AUGGGCUUCUAUCAUCACUUAUCAUUAUUAUUAUUAUUAGUUGUGAGCUUCAUCUCGCUUAUUAAUGGCUUCAAUAAAACGAGCAUCGAGGAAUGCUCGCGGCUGCUCAGCGAGCACUUCAAAGAGACGUAUCGCAAGAUUUCGCACGAGGAGAUUCUGCGAAAGAACUAUGAAAAGCUCGUCGUUGAGGAGGAAUUCGACCCGCGCGUCGAAUUAAAACGAAGUCAGCAUCGAAUUGAAGAUUAUCUCAAAGUUAGGUCACAGUUCGCAUAUAAGGCAAAAAUCUCACUAGAAGCGCGAUCAGUGCGAAACGACACGGGUGUCAAUGAUCCGCAAUCAAAAUCGUUUAUCAGAUUCAUGUCUGCGAAGCAGGGUAACGAUGGCACAACAAUAUACGAAAGUAAUCAUUUCGGAAAGAAGAUCAAAGUCAACGAGACGCGAUCAUUCAAUUUAACGCAAAACGCAAAUUUCUACACACUUCCGACAUCGUUGGCAUCGUCGGCUGUGCACAUUCCGACGCCAUUAUACGAUAGAAACGAGGAUUUGCUUCGAAAAAUCGACUGGUCCGACAUUGACGCCGUUUAUCGUACGAAUCGCGACGAGACCAAAGAUCUCGCAUUCCAAUUGUUCUGCUCGGAAGCCGGCUUCAUGCGCUACUACCCGGCGGCCUCAUGGUUCUGGGACAACCAGGACGAAUAUUUGGAUCUGUUUGAUUGCCGCAAUACCGAAUGGUACAUCAAUUCGGCAACCAACUCGAAAAAUGUGCUUUUAAUGUUGGAUAUGUCAGGUUCGAUGCUCGGCCAGAGAUAUGAAGUGGCGAAGCAGACGACCGAAGCGAUUCUCGAAACAUUGUCGCACAAUGAUUAUUUCAAUAUUAUGAUGUUUUCCAAGAAUAUCCACCUUCUGGACUCGUGCAACGGCACCAACGGCCUUCUACAAGCAACAAUGCGCAACAAGAAAGCGCUUCGUCGUCGAAUGGACGGCUACUCAAGUGAAGGAAAAGCUGAUUAUGAGCCGGCGUUGACGCUCGCCUUCAAGCUUCUUCUCGGCCUUAAAGGCUCCUAUUCGCUUCACACCAAAGAGGAGAUGUCGAUGAUGAGCGCCAACGAGACCGCCGAGCAUCCGUUCCACGUGGUUCUGCCCGAGCACGUGCUGACCGCCUCGAAACAGUAUAUUGACUCGAUCAAUAAUGGAGGUGAGAAUAAUCGGGGAGCUUGCGAGCAUGUCAUCAUGCUCAUCACCGACGGUGCUCCUAGCGAUUAUGAGAAGAUCUUCCAACUUCAUAAUGCCAAUAAGAAGGUUCGAGUUUUUACGUUUUUGGUUGGCGAUGAGGCGAUCGAUUUCGACGAGGUCCGCAAAAUGGCGUGCAACAAUCGAGGAUAUAUGGUCCAUGUCGCGAAUAUGGCCGAUGUUGAUGAGAAGAUUCAGCAUUACAUUCGGCGAAUGUCUCGCGUCGUCGGCCGACACUACAAAGAAUCCGGACAGCUCUCGUGGUGGACUGGUGUGUACAGAGAGCGACUGUACCUGCCAAGACCGGAAAUUUUCGCCGAACCUGUGCCGAUCACGAAUCAAUCGUUUGCCGUCAUGAACAAGAUGGCAUCGAAGAGGAAAAUCCGACUCCAAAAAACCGAGGCGAGAAGUCGAAUGUUCGUUACGACAGUAUCGUAUCCGGUAAUCGUUAACGAGACAUUCAUGGGAGUCGCCGCUGUGAAUAUUCCAUUAACGGAAGUUGCCCAGAAAUCGCAUCCUUCCAACAUCGGGGCCAAAAGCUAUUUUUUCAUGCUCGAUCAGAAUGGAUUUGUCAUGGCGCACCCGCAAUUGAGACCAAUUGAUCCCGUAACGAAAUACCAUAAGCAAAACUAUAAUAAUAUGGAUUUGUUGGAAUUGGAAGUCGCUCAGAGUCAUUCGAUCAGAUCAAGUCAGAAGACGAGUGAAGUGUCGAAUUUGGCGUGUGAAAGUGGCAUGGGUUAUGCGGAUUGUGUUGAGGAAUUGAGAAAAACGGUUCGAAAAAUGAUGAUUGAGUGCGAUAAUAGCGAUGUUCAACAACUCGAUAUUUUAUUCGCCACCGAAACAUUGGAUCGCGUCUAUCCGCAAACGAACACUUAUUAUGCCGAAUGCAUCGGACACGCCAAUUUUGUGCUUGGACUCGCAAUUGCGAAAGGCGACGACACUCGAAUUGUGAAAAAACAAAAGAAAUACGAUUUUGGACGAGUGAAACUAGAUUGGAUGGCUGAUAAGCGAUGGAAAUUGCAUCCGCAUUGGCGGUACUGCUUUUUGAAUGACACCGACACCAAUAUUUCGAAAGAGGAAGCGUUUGAGAUCUAUGCGACACAAAUGACGCAGACUGGCAAAUGCCCCCAUUUAUGCGAAUAUCGCCGAAAUCUUGUGGAGAAGCUUCUUCUCGAUCUUGAAGCGACUAGUAAUCUUGGAGACAGCUGGGAUACUCAAUAUCAAUUUAUGAAGAAUAAUCUAAUUCAUUUGGCGUUUAUCGCGACACCGUCGGGAAUGAUUCGGUAUUACAAUUUGACGCUUGAUGAUUAUGAUUAUGUCGAUACGCGUUGGAGCAUAUUGGAUCGGAUUGGAUUGUGGAUAUCGAUUGAGCAGGCCCAGGAGUCUUAUAAUCAUUUUAUAACGGAUUUGAAUCGAAAAUCGACGGAUGAUCGGUUUUAUCGGCGAGCGGUUCGAAUGAAGGACACGAUUGUUUUCGAUGUGUCCAAUAAUUCGAAAAUUUGGUACAAAUCGUCGGAAAAAGAUACCGCCUAUGGGCACAAUGAGAAUAUGACGAUGCUCGGACAGGCUUUUAAGACGAUUAAGCUCAAAAAUGCGGUUUUGGGAGUCGCCGGCUUCGAAUUCGCCUAUGAUUAUAUUGUGGAAACGCUUGCUGAGCAUGGUUGCGCGCCGUCGAACGAUCGCAAAUGGUGUCUGUUGCUCGAUGAGCACGCCUAUGUAUUUUAUAGCAAUAAUGAGGAGAUCCGCUACGAGGAUUAUCUUGCGGGUCAAGGCCUCCAUAUUGGUUUGUAUUUUGGCGGUUUGAAUCGGGUUGCUCAGCGAGCCAUGGAGCUUCUCGUCGAGAACAAAUUCUAUACGAAGUUCACAUAUACCGAUCAUCAGGCGACAUGUCGGUCGCCGAAGAAAGUUGUGAUGUCGGCGACGAGAUAUCGGCCCUACCAGGCCGCCUUGCAGUACUUUAUGCGAAUUGCUCGAUAUUUGUGGAGAUUCGCGUCGACAAUAUUUGGAGGAUACCUCACUUGGGUCCCGCAACUACCAUAUCUUCAUGCUUAUACUGCUUCAUUCCAUGAGGGAAACGAUGUCUACCAGUGCGCGAAAGCUUCAACGUUUUAUUUUACGAAUAAGGAUGGGAAGAAUCGGCCGACGGGCACCCAUUUGGUUGGGAAUCAUCGAUCCGAGAGGCCGUGCAAAAUGAACUCGAAAUGCUCGGUGAAAAUGGAAGCCUCGUAUGUGGAGGGAACGAAUUUGCUGAUGGUUUGGAUCAAUCAGGACAAGGACAGCGAGAAUUGCUAUGAUGAAACGCAGUGCAUGAUGGAUUCUGACACAAAAGUGCCGUUUGGCUUCAAAGAAGUCAAAGGCGAUGAAGACACUUGUCAGGAUACGGAAAAACGGAAGAGUAAAGCGAACGAUGUUUGCUAUUCGAUUUUGGACGACGAUUCUGAGAAUGAACGUCGACCUUGCUCGCCGAGCUCACUGCCAUCAGCUAUUUUGGCAAUAAUCAUCACUAUUUUUGCCUUAUAA